GUUUACGGUUUUAUCAACAAAGCGUAUAAGCGGCAAUUAACAGUUUAAUUUUCUAAUAUUUGGGCGUUUGUGUUGUCAAGAAAGAAACGGACAAUUGAAAACACAAAUCCUGCUGCUAAAAUAAAAGCAAAAUGUCAUCGGAAGAGUUUGAAAAGCUGCAGGAGAUCUUCAAAUCCCUUUAUGACGAACUGAAGUUGAUGCCUGACAGAUUACUGAAAUGUCAAGGAGAGGAGAAGAAGAGGUUGGUGAGAACUUUUGACGAAAGACACGGAGAGGCAGUGGAAGUGCUGCAGGGGAUGGAGCAGGAGUUGAUCGGUGUUCCCUCGUCCUACCGGAACGCCAUGUCCACCAGGCUGCGUCUGUUCCGCAGAGACCUGGGGAAGCUCCAGAGAGAGGUGAAGAGCUCUGACCUGUCCUCUACCCGGCCAGCAGAGGGCGCCUACGGCAUCUACUCCUCUCAGAACGAACACAGCACCCAGCUUCAGUCUCAGAGGGCCUUGCUGAUCCAGGGACACGAGCACCUGAACAACGCCAGUCAGAGUAUAGAGAGGAGUCAGCGCAUCGCCGCAGAGACAGACCAGAUCGGCGUGGACAUCAUCGAGGAGCUGGGAGAGCAGAGAGAACAGCUGGACCGCACCAGAGACCGACUGGUCAACACUGGGGAGAACCUCAGCCGGAGCAGGAAGAUCCUACGAGCCAUGUCUCGACGACUGAUGACCAACAAGCUGUUGUUAUCCGUCAUCAUGCUGAUGGAGCUGGGCAUCCUGGGUGCAGUCGUCUACCUCAAGUUCUUCCGCAAGUAGGAGGUGACGCAUCAACAAGCAAUACAGGUCGCAGCCAGCGCUCAGCAAAGCUCUCCUCUCCCUGUCCUCUCCUCUCCCUGUCCUCUCC